AUGUCGACUUGCGAACGCGGACGCAGGCGAGGUAGAGGCAGACUAGGCAAUGCUAUGCCUGAAGCGACAGGAAAUAUUCCUAAUCAUGUAGACUUCAUGGCUACUCUAGGGAAUAUGGCCGCGGCGAUGCAAGCGACAGCCGAAGCCCUGGGAAACCAAAUAAAUAAUGGUAACAAUGGAAACAAUGGCGAUAAUGGUCCUAUGACGCUUUCCUCCUUCCUGAAGGCUCAGCAUGUUCCUGAAGAACAGUGGGUUGAGUUUGAGACCUACCAGCUACAAGGUGAAGCUCAGCAUUGGUGGCAGGGCGUGAGGUGCAUUCUGCAGCCUGAUGGGGUUGUAAUCUCUUGGGAGUUGUUCCGAGAGGAAUUCUAUAAGAAAUACUUUCCCAGUUCACCCAGAAAUGCUAAGGAACUUGAACUGCUUCAGCUAAAACAAGGUCAGAUGACCAUCACUGAGUACACUAGCAGGUUUGAGGAACUGUGCCGUUUCUCACGGAUUUGUCAGGGAGCUCCUGAGGACUUUGCUGAGUGGAAAUGCAUUAAGUAUGAAGGAGGCCUUCGGAGCGACAUUCAGAGCUUUUUAGCACCUAUGGAGAUCCGGGUGAUUUCUGAACUUGUGAACAAGAGUCGGAUAGCUGAAGAAUGUGUGAGGAAUGCAGCUGUGGCAAAAAAUGAUAACCGGGAGUCCCACCAAAGAGAUCACCAUCAAAAUUUGGCACCAAGGAGUCAAGAAUUCAAGAGGACUGAGAACUACCGACCAAAUAGGCAGCAUAAAAACAAGCAAGGUUUGUGUUACCGGUGCGGAUCACCUAGGCAUCUAGUUAAGGACUGUCCUAAUCCUCGUGGUGGAAACUCAUGA